UACUUCUACCCCGAUUGGGGGCGGCAGUCAAGGGGGACACACGGCUGGCCUGGAUACUCCCCUCUCGUUUGUUUCUCCCCCACAGGACAUGGUGCCUACACCGCAGAGGACAGAGGGCCCGGGUACAACGGGAGUAGGACUAUCUGUACAGCCAGCAGGCGGAUCAGUGGCAGCUGCACCAGGAACAUCUACCCCGUCAACAUCGGCAGUUGGUGUGGCUACAGGUCCUUCUCGUAUCUGGAUAAUAGGGCACUCCUACGUGCACUGGGCGGCACUGAAGGCCCAUUCUCUUCCUGAGGGGCAGCAGUUGGGGAUUCCGACGUCUCAGGCAUCAAUACGGUGGUUGGGCCGUAGAGGCUUACAGUGGGAUGGUUUGCCUGCCCUCCUCCAGAAUGCCAGACAUCGAUGGGGACAGCCCCACAUCAUCCUCCUUCACAUGGGGGGAAACGAUAUAGGGAGUGCACCUGCUCUAGAUCUCAUCAAUGCGAUGAGGUCGGAUGUCAAGUGGAUCUGUACCACGUUUCCGGGGGUUAGGCUGGCCUGGUCCAACAUAAUCCCCCGGCUGCGUUGGAGAUAUUUCCCCACACCGAGGAUAGCAUAUAGGGUUAGGAAAAAAGUUAACAGGGAGCUGGGUAGAGCAGUAAUAGAGGUAGGGGGUUUUGUGGUCCGCCAUGAACUGAUCUCAGCGGACAAAAAAGGGCUGUAUCGCCCGGACGGGGUGCACCUGUCCGACGAAGGGCUGGCGAUCUUCCUGGUGGACCUCAAAACGGCUCUGGUUAGUAAUAUUUAGCGGGUGGCGGCAAGAGCCCGGUUUAUGUGGGAGUGCCUGUCUCUUGUGGCGGGAGGUCGUAGCCAUCAACAAUUGAGGGCGGAGUCUGUAGAGGUGACAGUCGGGCUAAUGGGCGGGGGUGAUGUCCUCAGGUCGUGACCUGGGGGGCCCCGCCCCGCGGGUCUGCUGGCUGAAGAUCCUUUAGGACGUCCGCGCCUACUAGACGGAAUGGGGUGGGGCCACAUUUGUGCCCACCCUUGGCAUUUGCUAUUCCACGACAUCUGGCUGCGACCUCUUGUCAUAUGGAGCUAAUAGUUUACUAGGCCUCGAAUGCCGCCACAAGUUAAAUAUUUGAAUGACUUCCGUUGAAGUCAAGUUAAUAAAUGUGACCAUCGUUAUGGUCUUUAAAUCCCA